AUGUUGGUGGAGCUGCUCUUCCAGGCUGCCUGUGUGUCCCUGUUCCUCUCCAGCGGCCAGGGCAGGGUGUAUCCCGCGAGGAAGAAGCCGGCCAGCUUUGCCGUGGAGAGGCGCCGCGUGGGGCCCCACGUCUGCCUCCCAGGCUCCGGCAGCGGAUGUUGUCCUGGCUGGAUGCUGUCUCCGGGCAGCGGGAAGUGCACCCUGCCGCUCUGCUCCUUCGGCUGCGGUGGUGGUUCCUGCAUUGCUCCCAACCUUUGCAUGUGCCCAGAUGGAGAGCAGGGAAUCACCUGUCCAGAGCCACCGGGGACUUGCGGAGAGUACGGCUGUGACCUGUCCUGUAACCACGGCGGCUGCCAGGAGGUCGCCCGCGUGUGUCCCAUUGGAUUCUCCAUGGCCGAGACAGCCAACGGCGUCCGCUGUACCGACAUCGAUGAGUGCCAGAGCGCAGCCUGCGAGGGGACGUGCGUGAACACGGAGGGCGGCUUCGCCUGCGAGUGCGGAGCCGGCCGGGAGCUCUCUGCUGACCGCCGCAGCUGCCGGGACACAGAUGAAUGCCAGGCCACACCGUGCCAGCACCGCUGCGAGAACAGCGUGGGCAGCUACCGCUGCUCCUGCCGGCCCGGAUACCACCUCCAUGGGAAUCGGCAUUCCUGCGUGGAUGUAGAUGAGUGCCGGCGGCCUGGCACGCGCCGCUCCUGCCAGCACAGCUGCCACAACAUUCCUGGCAGCUUCCGCUGCUCCUGCCGCCCUGGAUACCGGCUCAGCGCGGACAGGGUGUCCUGCGAAGGGUACCCCAAAUCUAUCCUGGCCCCGUCGCCCAUCCUGCAAUCCCUGCAGCAUCCACCCACCCUUGUCCUGCUCCCUCCUGGCUCCCACCUGCUCCCAAGAGGCUCCCCCUCUCCCCACCUCCCUGUGGCAGCUCCUGGUACCCAAUUUCCUCCCUCCUCCCCAUCCCUGUUCCCUGAGCCAUCCCCACGUGCCAUGGGAGCCCCCAGCACCUCCAUCCCACCAUCCCAUCAUUGUUGGCACCGGGGAAUCUCUCGGGAGCCCAGCAGUCGCUGGACAGAGCCAGGCUGCCAGAGCUGCACCUGUCAGGGGGGACGAGUCCUCUGUGACACCGUGAGCUGCUCCGUUCCCUGCUCCCAUCCGCUUCCUGCUCCGGCUGGGGGUUGCUGCCCCACCUGCACAGGGUGCCUGCACGAGGGGGUGGCCAGGGCCGAGGGCGAUGUCUUCUCCCCAUCCGAUGGGAAUUGCACCAUCUGCGUCUGCUUGGCCGGGAAUGUCUCCUGCCUCUCCCCGGAAUGUCCCCCAGGAACCUGCCCCAGCCCCUCUCUGGCUGACUGCUGCUCCUGCAAUCCAGAAAAGUGCAAUUUCCGGGGACGCACAUAUGCGCACGGAGCCCGGUUCAGCCUGGAUGGGGACGACUGCACCACCUGUGUCUGCCAGGGAGGAGAGGUGGAAUGUUCCUUCACUCCCUGCCCCAUGCUGGAUUGUCCCCAGCACCAGCGGCAGCUGGGUCCCGGGCAGUGCUGCUCCACCUGCCGGGACCCUCCAGCCCCUGCCGGUUGCUUCCUGGAUGACAAUGGCGUGGAGUUUCCCGUUGGACAGAUCUGGUCUCCGGGCGAUCCCUGUGAGUUAUGCAUCUGCCAGGCAGACGGCUCCGUGAGCUGCCAGCGCACGGAUUGUGUGGAGACGUGUCCUUAUCCCAUCCGCAUUCCCGGGCAGUGCUGCCCCGACUGCUCCGCAGGCUGCACCUACAUGGGGAGGAUCUUUUCCAACAACGAGACCUUCCCGUCGGCGCUGGAUCCCUGCCUGAGCUGCAUCUGCCUGCUGGGCUCGGUGGCCUGCUCGCCUCUGGAAUGUGCCAUCGUGUGCUCCUACCCCUUCCACCCCGAGGGUCGGUGCUGCCCCGUCUGUGAGGACUGCAACUACCAGGGCAGGAAGGUGGAGAACGGCCAGAGCUUCAUUCCCGAGGGACAGCCCUGUACCCGCUGCACCUGCCAGCUUGGAGAGGUGAGCUGUGAGGAGAGGCCGUGCCCCCGCUCCUGCUCUGAGCCCCACACACUGCCCGUGGGCUGCUGCCCAUCCUGCCCAGCCACAGACAUCCGGCUCCUGCUGCAGGGCAGUGACCUGUCCCCAUCCUCAUCCCCAUCCUCAUCCUCAUCCCAGUCCCCAUCCUCACCCCCAUUUUCAUCCCAGUCCCCAGUCCCUGAAGAUUCACCCCCUGGCACCCCUCAACACCGCCGCUACCGCCUGGCCCAGCUCCUGCUUCCCACCACACUCCCCCUUGGCUCCUCUCCAGGGAUUUGGGGUGCUGGGAAGCCCCCUCUGACCACUCCAAGUCCCUCUGGAUACCCCUUGGCACCCACUGUGCCCCCUGACCCCCUCUGUGAGGCCACAGCCCCCCCUGAUCCCACGGGCAGCCCUGAGGUUCAGGAAUCCCCCAGGAACGAGGAUCCCUCUGCGGUGCCAUCGGACAGCCCCAGGUUCCAGGUGCCAGGUGUACCUGGAAUGCCGUGA